AUGACAGUUACCGAGUCACUCAAGAUAUCUCCUCGAGAGCCAACAUCCGUCAGUGUCGUGAUGGAAGAAGCAGACAGUCCUGGAUCCCCAGAUUCCGCAUCCAUAAACACCCCCAAGGAUGAGAAUGCACAAGCCAAGACACAAUCGCUGAGAAAAGAGCUCCGAGAAAAUGGAAAGAAGGGACCGAUCUGUACAGAGCAUCCGUUCAAGAAGCACGUACUACACUCCAUAAUCACAGUCGCUCUUAUCGGCAUAACCUCCCUCGCAACAGCAUGCUGGUUGAUCGCCUACAUCCAAACACGCUCCAAAAACGAGCGUCCAUAUAUCACAGCAGAGAUAAUCGGAGGCAGAUUCUCCUCAACAGCAGCAAAGCUCAUCGACGCCGCAUUCUCCAUGCUGGUAGCGCCAGCUGUCAUCGCAAUCGCCAACUGGCACAUGUUCAAGCUCGCUCGCCUCUCUGCCGUCAACGAACAUCGCGGACGAAACUCAGCAGUCAGCAUGAAGGUGCUUGUCGAAGUCGCCAAUACUGAUUGGGGUUCAUUUAGUCCAUUGAAAUUCUGGACAUUUGCUCGUUCGAAAAGACCCCGUGUUAUCUGCCUGGGAGCAAUCGCUGUGCUUUCGGCGCUAAGUUUCGCCUUGUUGAGUAAUGUUGUCGCAUAUCAGGCCGGAAUGAUGCUCGAGUAUUUGUAG